CCCCGAGUGUGUGUCCCCAGCUCCGGCAGAUGUACGCGAGGGACGGCUCGGAGGCCCGGGAUAACGGGCGGGUGUUGCUGGUUGUGGGAGGGCAAGAGCAGCUCACAAGCGCGGCGGGGCCGCCCGUGCCCCCUCCCCUGCACCCCCGGCUCCUUCCCGCGGCCUCCGGGGCGCUCCUGCCAGGGAUCACCCCCGCGAAGGCUUCCGGAGACCCAGGCUCCGAGGGGCGGCCGAGAGCCGCGCCCGGUCCGCCCCGGCCGGGAGAGGCGGCGGCGCCCGGCAGCGCUUCCCGCCGCCCCCCCGCCCGCACGGCCCUUGGCUCCGGGACCGGCGGCCAUGGGCAGCGGCAGCAGCCGGCGGCGGGGCGCGGCGGGGGGCGCGGCCGUGCCCGCGGGCAGAGCGGCGGCGGAGAACCGGGAGCUGCUGGAGACGGUGCCGGCCGAGUGCGAGGAGGCGGCGGCGGCGCUGCCCGCCCCCGGCCGCCCAGCCCCGGCCGCCGGCGGCAACCUCCCGCCCCGGGGCGCCGGGCGCUGGGGGGAGGCGGCGGCGGCAGGCGGCGGCGGGUCCCCCCCGCUCCAGCAGCCGGCUUUGGCAACCAGAAGCCCACCAGGCCCAGAGAUCGAUGCUGACCAUCAGUGCCCACAAAGGAACAGCAAGAAGCUGGCAGCACAGUCCACAGUAUCAUAUGAUUACUCAGAGGAGGAGCUCAUGGCAAGCAUCGAGCGGGAGUACUGCCGCUGAACCCAACCCCGUGCCACAAGAUCUUCAAGCACGUUCCUGGAAGCACAGCUGGAGCAAAACUGCUGCUGACAAAAUAACCCCUUGCACAGCGAGACGGCACUGGAGAGGUGGGUGGCAAAGGGAGAUGGACUGUGAGAAGCAGUGUGGCUGCUUGGGAAGCAUGGAGGAGAAAGCCCUCCCAGCCAGCUCUGAGCGAGACUGUGAGGAUCCUCACCAACUGCUGAUUUUGGAUAAGCGCCACUGGAGGACAGAGCAAUUAAUCUUGUGAAUCAAUAUUUAGCAGCUCAUCUCUAAAUGGUAUUUACCAAUGAAGAAGUACUAGAAUCGAAGCAUCGUACCAGAAGUGCUGAGACAUGGUGUUUUGAAGGAAGAUCUUGUUUUGUCUUAGCAGAAGAAAAAUGCAGUAAUAUCAUUCGAUUCAGAUCUCAUUUAAGGAGAUGUUACAUGAAAUUCAUGUUCCUGCCACUUAAAACAGGUCAAAUUUACUCCUUGUGCUGCGCAAGCCUCAGUUCCAGGUCUGGACUUGGCAUUGUCUCUUGGAAUGUGGUCCCCAGUAUGGGAUGUAAGAUGAAAUGGGGAGUGAGCGCACUGUCCAGUACAUAGGCAGUGUAAUCCCAGAGUUCGAAUCCCACUACAAUAGGCAAAAUGAGGCUCCUGGGAGCCAUCAGGGCGCAGAGGAUUUGUACGACCCCUUUGGGGAGGGAUCCCAGCAUCAGUGUCGUACCUGGGGCUCCUUGGUGUGGAUCCUUCAGCGAAAGCGGGAGGCAUGUCCCCGGCGCUGCCUCGCUGUGGCCAGCAAGCACCAUUUUGAGAGGGACUUGCAUGCUAUUGUAGAGCAGCUGUUUGCAAUAAAUUUUCAGAAUUAUCGCUCCUGGCCUUCCCACCUAUUUCUUGUCCUCAGUGGGUAGCCUAGAAGAAAAAUCACUGCAUUUUACCAUUAGCUGACUGAAAAGUUAAGCAGAAAGUUGUCUCUCCAGAGGAAACCAUAUAUUUUCAGUGCUCUCAGACAGGGAAGGUUGGUAUUUUAGGGUUCACGCUUUUAUUUUACCCGCAUCUUAACAUACUAUGAGUAGCUGCUUAUUAUCAGAAGUAGAAAAAUACCUUAUUUCUGUCUUCAGCUUAAGCAUAAAAGACAUUAGAUGAACUCUUCACACAGCCUGUGUAAAUGCAAGAGGAAACAGCAGGACACAUCUUAAAAUGCUGUAUUUUAACUUCUUUGUAAUUCCUGGUAUCUGUGAAACAGAAAUAAAUGCAUCUGUACUCUA